CUCACAUGAGCAUUGCGUCAUUUCCCGUGCGCCCCAGACUGUGUGCUUGAUCCGUCUGCAGCUUGUGUUAUACGAUAACGUUACCUCUGUUUAUUAUCAGUUAAACGAUAUAUAAAGGGAUUCGAAAUUAGAAUAGCUGGUGUGAUGGCUGAAGCGAUUCAUAAGAAGUUACAGUCUGAGUUGGAGAAAUAUCAACAGCUGCAAAAAGAUGUCAGUAAAAGUAUGUCAUCAAGACAGAAACUGGAGGCACAGUUGACUGAAAAUAAAAUUGUUAAGGAGGAGCUUGCAUUGUUGGAUUACCAAAAUACAGUUUACAAACUAAUUGGACCAGUUUUGGUCAAACAAGAUUUAGAUGAAGCCAAAGCAACAGUGAGCAAGAGAUUGGAAUACAUAAACGGUGAAAUUCAGCGCUAUGAAACUUUACUGAAGGAGAUGGAGAGAAAGUCUGAGCAGCAUCGGGAAGUUCUGUCCAGCAUGCAGCAAGAGUACCAGCGUGCUCAGGGUCAGGCUGUUGGGAAGGCCUAAAUGGAUUAUAAUUCUGCACACAAGUCUUAUCCAGCAAAACUCAGAGACUGAAUAUGCCUGCUAAUAACACAUGUCUGUUAACAUAAUUCUGUAGGUUUUUUGUUUGAUGUUAUUGGGCUAUCAAUAAAUUUUGUUUAUUUAUA